AUGCAUCCUCACCUCUUUGUGGUGAACGACCAUCCCAAGAACCCCUUUCCUGGAGUUGGGACGGUGUAUGUAUAUGUCCAGGAUACACAUGUAGAGGCUCGAUUGGCUGGCUAUGUUGAGAUGAAGCCUGGAGAUUCUGUGUUUGCUAGAGAUAUGUGGGGAUCUGGACAACCAGUGGAUGAUGUGAUUCAGGCGUGUUACAAGAUACGGAAGGAACUUAUCGAUGCGAUUAUCGACUCUCGCGAUGAGCCCAAAAGAAUUGCAUACAGCUGA